UUUGCGUACUCGACGGUACGUACGCGGAACUCUGCAUAUGGUGAGAAGUCAUACACGACCAUUCAUAUUGCUCAAUUACAGAACAGCGGCACGUACACCUCUUUCGACGACGGUCGUCGAGCACGUAGACACAAGAUUCGGAAAAAAAGUCGGGGUUCGUGAACGAUCUCAUGGCUUCGGAACCAGUCUGUGUUGAGGACUUUGAGCCGUAUCUCAAGACGAGGGUGUCGGACGCUAUCUGGCAUUACUACAGAGGCGGGGCAGACGAUGAGCAGACACUGAGAGCCAAUCCACUUGCCUAUCAGAGGUAUCGUCUUCUACCGCGAUGUUUGAGGGACGUGUCUAAACGAGACACCAGCACCUCUAUACUCGGUCAACGCCUAUCAUUCCCUGUUGGUGUGUCUCCUACGGCCUGUCAUGCCUUUGUGCAUCGUGAUGGAGAAAUCGCCACUGCAAAGGGUGUAUCAAAUGCUGGGUCUGCCAUGGUGCUCAGUAUGUUUUCCAACAAGAGUCUGGAGGACGUGGCUGCAUCAGUGCACCCCGACACGCCCCUGUUAUUUCACCUGAACAUCCUGCGCGACAGAAGUAGAGUGGAGGCGGCGAUCAGACGGGCUGAGGCUGCAGGCUACAAGGCACUAGUGGUAACGAUUGAUCAACCGAUGUUGGGGAACAGAACGUACAUCAGAAGGAACAACAAAGAUAUGGACCCGACUAUAACCUUCCCGCAAGUUGUACUUCCUGGAGAGGAAAUAACUCGAGAGAAGGCUAGAGCAAUUGUCAACGAGCCACAAGCUCUGACGUGGAAGGACAUCUUAUGGCUGAGGCGAAUUACGUCACUUCCGGUUGUGCUGAAAGGUAUUCUCACAGCUGAAGAUGCAAGAGAAGCUGUGAGGCACGGUGCCGCUGGUAUCCUGGUGUCUAACCACGGUGGUCGGCAGCUGGACGGGGUACCAGCUACCAUCGAUGUUUUGGCUGAGAUAGUCGACGCAGUACGUGGCUCCAAUGUUGAGGUGUAUCUUGACGGAGGAAUACGCAAAGGCACCGAUGUCCUCAAGGCCCUUGCUCUGGGAGCACGAGCCGUCUUCAUCGGCCGACCGGCAAUCUGGGGUCUCGCUUACGACGGGGAGAAAGGAGUUGAACAAGUUUUGGGGAUUCUCAAAGAAGAAUUUAGCCUGGCCAUGGCUCUAUGUGGUUGUUCCUCGCUAUCGGAUAUUACACCAGAUUUGAUUGCGACGAUGCCGUACAGCAAGAUGUGAAACUAGAGUCUGAGAAGCAGUUCUUGUUUGAAUUGGAACAACGAAGGCCUUGCUAACAAGACUUAAACGGAGAAACUUACAGACCGGAUGACGUCACAGAAUGUCAUUGCAUUCUUCCAAGUUAUAUGUUUGUUGGCCCUCAACAAAUUGUUGGCACCGUCUUCUUGUUGCAGUUUACGCAUGGGUUUAACGACUGUCUAUAGUUGAUUAACAAUAUCACCAAAAUUAUUGACAUAUUAAAGUUCAAAACAACACCAGGCAUUUUUGAUGUAGUUGAUUAAUUUAUAAGCGGGUGUCAUGUUCAUCUGGUUCCUGUCUUAUGUAUUGGUGCUAAUUAUCGGCUUCUGGGUACCAGACGGCAUAUAAGACGACUGAUGGAUAGAUUGUCAUUAAGAA